GUAGGAGUAGGAGUAGGUGUUCUCCCAGUGAGACUGCAUGCUUCCCAUCAAGGGAGUUGUCUCCUUCCUCUGCUCCGCCCAUUAUGAGCCUUGUAUCAGCUGCACUGUAACUCGAGCUGAAUUUCAUGAAUAAUCCUCCAGUCUUUCCCGGACUGCGCCGGACAUAGUAAGACAUGAAAUCCAGAAGACAGCCCUCUCUCUGCAGUCUCACGUGUUAAAAGUCCAACAGACCCUGGAUAUCUCUGAGUUUUCUGGCUUCACUAACAACUUGGAUCUCGGUGAAUCAACCGAGAGUUUCUCAGCUCGGAUACAGGAAAUGGGCGGGGUUAGCAACAUCUAACCAAUCAGAAACAGGGACGAGCUAACUGACAGCUGCGCGUCAUUCUAAAUACAGAGUGUUUUCCUGUGGCCCAGAUGUGGGAAGUACAAUUUUGAGAUAGGCCUCGUCUCUCUCGUGUCGGCAAGAAGCAGCGUUCCAAGCCAAGAACCAACCGUCUUGCACAGCCAUCAUGGAGGCGCCUGCGGCAGUCGAGGGUGCUGGUGCAGUGAUCGAAGCUGCAGCAACCAUUUCUGACCUAAUGCCAACAUACCGACAGUGCGGCAUUGAGAUUGAGAAUGAAUGUACUAUCUACACAUUUGACAACCCAAGGAUAUACACUGAUAGUGGAUACUGUGAUACACCUUUACCGCCGACUGUUGCCCCUGGAGCCUCUGGGAAAGCCCUGUUCAUCAAGACUCCAGACACAGCUACAGGAUGUGUCGGCGUCGUUACCUACGAUCUUCUGAACAAGGAUGAAAAUCAGGCAGCUGGGAAAAUAGCUGUCAUGUUUUCUGUGCCCUAUGAUUUCGGCCUGUACAACAACUGGUACGCAUUGGGAGUUUUUGAUAUGAGCACAAAGUGUGAUUAUGGUCUUUAUCAAAAGAUGUACUAUGACAAACAAACCACGUUUAGCAGACAAACAGCGGAUGGCUCCAGUCUCACUUAUGAGGGGGGUAACAUAACCAUCAAGGGAACAAUGUCAGAUGCUUACCAAUCUGUCAUCAAGGUGCAAGUUAGCCAAAACUAGAAUUGAGUGAGUCAGCAGUGGCUCUCAAUAAUGAAUCAUCAGGGUUAAAGGAAUCAGAGUUUUCAUUUGCUCUUGUUAUCAAAUCAGUAAUUGCUUUGUACUCGGCUGCAUUUUGGGUCGUCUGUGUUACACAGAUACACAAAGUCACAUGACUUGAAAGCCUGUAACGUCUUGUACUAUUCUCUUUAUUUGUAUCUCUACACCUUUGAACACGUACAAUUACUUUUACCGGGGUUCAAUUAUAUCACAACUUAUUAAGUCUGACAUUUGUGGGAAAAUGCUUUGAAAAUCUAAAUAAUUUCACUUUGUUAUGAUUCCCUUGUUAAUGAGAAAUAUGAUAGAAUAGUAAUAGGUUGUCUAUUUUCUUAUCUGUUGUGCUCCAUAUAUGAUUAAUAAAACUAAAUA